AUGACCCGAUGGGUGGGGCCAACAGUCAAACCUCUCACAGUACUUUUCUUCUCUUUCUUUCCCCUUCAGGGAGAUUCAGGCGGACCUCUGAUGGUUCAACUCCAGAAUAGUUCUCAGUGGGUCCAAGCAGGGGUUGUGAGCUUUGGUGAGGGAUGUGCUGUCCCAAUGAAACCAGGCGUCUACACCCGAGUGUCCCAGUACCAGAGCUGGAUCAGCGAUACGGUCACUGGCAUGGAGCCAGGCUUCGUUACCUUCACCUCGGCCGGCAUCGACAGCGACCUACACUUCACCUGUACUACUACUACUACUACCACCACCACCACCACCACUGCCCACACCUCCACCACCACCGCCCACACCACCACUCCCAGUAUGACCACUGACGACAGUAUUUUUGGCAGUGGGGAAACCCUGAGCCACUUCACUCACUUCAUGGGAAUUGCUGUUCUUGCUCUAUUCCUUCAUUUCCUUGUGGGCGGUGCUUGGAAGUAAAUCUUUUACUGAGGAUUAUGCGAUGCACAGAUAGGAAAAAGGUUAUGUUUUAUACUUCACUGCAGUAUAAAAUAUGUGCUUCUAAACACAGUGAAAGUUUUAAAAUUAAAAAGUUAUUUGUCUUUUGAGCAGUUAACUAAAUUCAUUUUGAAUAGUAUUGCUGUUAAUAUGUAGCUAAGUAACAUGGGGGUUAAUCUGAGCCAACAGGAAUAUUGUGACAUGUAUUGCCAAUCAAGUAAUACAAAUGAUCAAAUAUUGUGACAUUAGAGCCAAGUUAAUUUUUUAAAAAUCUGACCUAUUUUUAAUCUGUUUUAAAUGAUUCUAUAACAAGUGAAUUUUGGUUUUCAGACAUGGUGUGAAUUUGGUGUGUUUUUAUUUAUAUCCAUGGCAGAAACAUUUUACCAUUGUUUUAUGAAAUUGUAUAUUUGUUUUGGAUAAAUGCAUUUGUCAUUUUCCAGAUAGAAAUAAUAGUGGAAUAUGUGUGGC